GUAACUAGUGGCCGCCUUAUGUAAGUAGAGCUUUUCCGGUGAAAAAUCUUGUGAAUAAAUGCUUAAAUCCCCGUAUUCUUGAUAGAUAUGGACGUAAAACAGUCUCGAUUCUUGAGUAAAAGCCCAAAAAACAUGCAGUUAGCAUUUAUUUUACGUAAAUUUGUCGAAGUACAAUGCUAGUCUGUUCGUGACUGUAACUGGUGGCCACCUUAUGUAAACAGAGCUUUUCCAGUGAAAAUUCUUGUGAAUAAAGUCUUAAAUCCCCAAAUUCUUUAUAGAUAUGGACGUAAAACAGUCUCGAUUCUUGGUUUAAAGCAAAAAAAAAAAAAAAAACGACAACGUGCAGUUAGCAUUUAUUUGACAUAAAUUUGUUGAAGUACAAUGCUAGUCUGUUAGUGAAAGUAGCUAGCGGCUGCCUUAUCUAAACAGAGUAAUUUUAAGGCGAAAAUUCUUGGGAAUAAAUGAUGGACGUAAAACAGUCUCGUUUCUUGGUUAAAAGCAACAAAAAAAAACUUGCAGUUAGCAUUUAUUUUACGUAAAUAUGUCGAAGUACAAUGCUAGUCUGUUCGUGAAUGUUGCUAGCGGCUGCCUUAUGUAAACAGAGUUGGAAUUGGACAUCUAGUGCCAUCAUGGGCAGCCAAUAUCUAAAAGAGUUUAGGACGGAGCAGUGUCCCUUGUUUGUACAACAUAAAUGUACACAACACCGACCUUUCUCCUGUUUCCAUUGGCACUUCUUGAACCAGCGACGCCGCAGGCCCAUGCGCAAACGGGACGGGACUUUCAACUACAGUCCGGAUGUUUACUGUACCAAAUACGAUGAGGGAACCGGAACUUGUCCUGAUGGAGACGAAUGUGCUUUUCUCCAUCGGACGGCCGGAGACACGGAACGAAGGUACCACCUCCGCUAUUACAAGACGGGCUCGUGCAUUCACGAAACUGAUACGAAAGGUUACUGCAGCAAAAACGGCUGCCAUUGCGCCUUUGCGCACGGGUCGCAUGACUUGCGCAGCCCCGUGUAUGACGUAAGGGAAGUGCAGGUGAUUGAGUGUCAAGGUGGCUCGGGACCCUCGGAAGGAACCGGAGGUGAUGGACAGUCGGGUCAAGCGGCGAGUAUGGCCCUCAUCGAGAAGAUUUUGAGCGAGGAACCACGCUGGCAAGAUAACAACUACGUGUUGUCCCACUACAAGACGGAGCUUUGCAAGAAGCCUCCCCGCUUGUGUCGUCAAGGUUACGCCUGUCCGUAUUAUCAUAACAGCAAAGACAGACGUCGGAGCCCGCAUAAGCACAAAUAUAGAGCUUUGCCUUGUCCGGCGGUCAAACUGAGCGAGGAGUGGGGCGAUCCCAGCAAAUGUGAGUGCGCAGAGGGGUGCCAGUAUUGCCACACGAGAACCGAACAACAGUUUCACCCUGAGAUCUACAAGUCCACUAAGUGUAAUGACAUGCAACAGUGCGGCAGCUGUCCCAGGGGUCCCUUUUGCGCUUUUGCUCAUGUUGAAAAAGCCUUUGUCUCGGAAGAGUCCUUUUCCUCCCCAAGAUCACCACCCCCACCUCUCCGUCCCCCCGAUCCCGUUUCUGCUGACGACGUGGCGGAAACGAGCGGACACAAUAAGGGCCUAGGUCACGUUGACCCCCUUUCGCCCCCCGCCGGGUCACGCGUCCCAGAGCAAGGCCUGCUGGGUAGUGUUCUAACUCUUUGUGAGGACAUGAGGGGAGCGACUGAAACUCUGUCUCCCUGGGCGGGAGAGGGGGGGCACGGUAGAGCACCUGGUUUUGAGAGGGAAGAUCAGGCUAAACAGAGGAGUUUUGCCCUUGAGCAGCGCAGCAGAGAAAUGACCUCAGCACCAAGUAGUAAGCAGGAUCUGUUGGUGUUUCUGCCUGUGGGCAGCCCUUUAAGUUUGUCCUCCAGCAUCCCAUCCAGUCUGGCUGCGACUCCGCCCAGCCCCGCCCCCCUCGGACCCGCGGGGACCAACGUGGCAUCAGGCAUGAAUGCCAACGCCUUGCCCUUUUACCCUACCAGUGAGACUGUGGAGUCUGUUGUCGAAUCGGCAUUGGAUGAUCUUGACCUGAAUGAUUUUGGUGCCUCGAUAUCGGAGAGAGGCUUGGAAAGUGCUUCAAGUCUGUCACGGGUUGGAGUUCGGCUAGGUGAAACCCGACUUCAAAGCUCUGCUCCUGUCAACAUCCCAGGGUCCUUUAGCACAUCUGCUCCUUUUAGCUCCCCGUCACCUUCCCCCCCGAUCAGACCGCGGACCUCCUCCCUCUUCUCCACGCAUCUGCCCCAACCUGGCCAACAAGAAAGCCCUUUCCUGGGACCGUCCCAUAGCUCCUUAGGUCUGAAUGGUAUGAGCAGUAACAUCUGGGAGCACUUCCCAUCAGGCCAGGGAUCCCCUGGAACACCCCCAGCGCUGAUGCCCUCCAACCCCUGCGCGGAGACGUCCAGGCUCAAACAAGAGCUCGAGGAGGCUCACCGGGCGCUUAAGCAGUGGGGGCACAGUUGGAGACACACAGCUCAGUCAUGGGCCUCACUGAAAGCAGACGCGGAAGAGUCACGCGCCCACGCGGGACGGUUGGCCACGGAGGCCGAGAGAACCAGGCAGGCGGAUGAGGUGGCGCAAAGACAAUCUUCUCUACUGGAGGAAGCGCUGGAGACCCUGAGGAGCGGGGAAAACCCCCAUCGAUCGUUACACCAACUCCAGAUGUUACACAGGCUUCCCUUAGAAUCCGUCCUCAGUCUGCAAGCACAACUAUGUAGCUGCCUGCAAACUGUAGAACAGGCGAUGUACAAGAAGCAGAAGCAGUGCUGUGUUUCGUGUGGAGAACAGGGCUCUGUCUCCUUGUCGUGCGGUCACGGACUACGUUGCGAGAGCUGCUCCACCUCCACAGAGUGCCCUCUGUGUUCCGAACCAACAUUGGAACAGCAGCAGCAGCUCUCUUGACCCAUUGGACCAGUCAGAACCCCCACAAGCACUGAAUACACAUGGGAGAUUCCAUAGCAGUCCAGUUCUGAUUCCACAACCACCAGCCGUAGAUCAACAUUCCAGACUUUGACGAGGUUGUUUUUUACUUUUUACUGUAAUGCAAUCACAGAAGAUUCCUGAAAGGCAACCCUUUCAUACAUAGCAAAAAUCCAGGAGUAAUUGAAGUACUCCCAUAUCGGUUUGUAAUUGGCAAAAGGUGCCGUUAGAUGACAGCAACACAUUUUACCAUAUCAGGUAAAGCUCAUUCCAAAAUGAGGCUAAACCUUAUUUUCUUACCACAGGGGUGUCAAAGUGAUCCAAAAUUUAUAAGAAGUGACUCGUAAGUAUCUUAAAAUGACACGGAAGUGACGCAAAACUAACUUAUUGCCUACCUUUGACAAAAAUAGACAUCCAGUUCACUUAAUCUGGAGGUAGUGGCUGUGAAUGUUCAUUUUUUAGUGCCAUUGACGGUGUUGGAAAUCCAAUCCAUUUCGACUGGGUGGAGCAAAUGGACAUUAACAUUAAUGGUGAUUGAUAAACAUGACCAAUAGGGGUUCUAAGAUUGAGCCCUGUGGAACCCCUUUGACGUGUUUAACUCCAACGCUGCCUGCCCUCUUAGUCUAAAUGAAUUAGGCGUCUUGUGCCGUCAAUGUCAGCCAGUUAACCUAUUUGGAUAAAAAUAAGCUAGUCUGGCCCACAUGAGAUCUAAUUGCCCCAAAUGUGGCCCAUGGACCAAAAUGAGUUUGACACCCCUGCCUCAGCACCAAGAUGGCUGCAAAGGAUUAGAUUUAGCUUCAGCCUGAGCACAAAAAUGGCAAACAUGAGUUUUUAAGUGACCUAUGAAGGACAUUUGCACAAAAAAAAUCUGCAAAGAGGCAAAUUCCGAAACGCCAAACUUGUGACUAAAGGGGCUUCAGUGCGCUCGCAGUUUUUUAAAAGAGUCAUAUUUUCCACUAUUACUAAUUCGAGAUGAGAUGUUCAUAGCUGCUCCUAACCAGCAACACUGUUAUUUACACAUACUUGCACUGCUGGGCAAAAGUAUUGGCACCCCUGCAAUUCUGUCAGAUAAUGCUUAAGUUCUCCCAGAAAAUGGUAGCAAUUACAAAUGCUUGGGUUGUGAUAUCUUCAUUUAUUUUGCUUGCAAUGAAAAAACACAAUAGAGAAUGGGGGAAAAAAUUAAAUCAAGAUAAUUUUACACAAAACUCUAAAAAUGGGCCGGACAAAAGUAUUGGCACCCUUUGAAAAAUCAUGUGAUGCUUCUCUAAUUUGUGUAAUUAACAGCACCUGUUACUUACCUGUGGCACAUAACCGGUGGUAGCAAUAACUAAAUCACAAUUGCAGCCAGUUAAAAUGGAUUAAAGUUGACUCAACCUCUGUCCUGUGUCCUUGUGUGUACAACAUUGAGCAUGGAAAAAAGAAAGAAGACCAAAGAACUGUCUGAGGACUUGAUAAGCAAAAUUGUGAGGAAGCAUGGGCGAUCUCAAGUCCAUCUUCAAAGACCUGAGUGUUCCUGUCUCUACCGUUUGCAGUGUCAUCAAUAAGUGUUAAAGCCCACGGCACCGUGGCAAACCUCCCUAGAUGUGGACGGAAAAGAAAAAUUGACGAGAGAUUUCAACGAAAGAUUGUGUGGAUGGUGGAUAAAGAACCUCGACUAAUAUCGAAACAAGUUGAAGCUGUCCCGCUGUGGCACUCUAUGGUAGGAUAUCCAGGAAGGCCCCACUUCUGAUCUAGAGACAUAAAAAGUUUGCCAAAACUUACCUGUGAAAGCCAAAAACAUUUUGUAAAAAUGUUCUCUUGUCAGAUGAGACAAAAGUAGAGCUUUUUGGGAAAAGGCAUCAACAUAGAGUUUACAAGGAAAAAAACGAACACGGUCCCCACAGUCAAACAUGGCGGAGGCUCACUGAUGUUUUGAGGUUGCUUUGCUGCCUCUGGAACUGGACUGCUCGACUGUGUGCAUGGCAUUAUGAAGUCUGAAGAGUACCAACAAAUUUUGCAGCAUAAUGUAGGGUCCAGUGUGAGAAAGCUGGGUCUCCCUCAGAGAUCAUGGGUCUUCCAGCAAGACAAUGACCCAAAACACACUUCGAAAAGCACUAGAAAAUACUUUGAAAGAAAGCACUGGAGACUUCUAAAGUGGCCAGCAACGAGUCCAGACCUGAAUCCUGUGGAGAGAUCUGAAAAUGGCACCUUUCAAAUCUCAGAGACCUGGAGCAGUUGGCCAAAGAAGAAUGGUCUAAAAUUCCAGCAGAGCAUUGUAAAAAAAACUCAUCAAUGGGUACCGGAAGCAGUUGUUCGCAGUUACUUUGUCUAAAGGUUGUGCUACCAAGUAUUAGGCUGAGGGUGCCGAUACUUUUGUCCGGCCCAUUUUUGGAGUUUUGUGUAAAAAGAUCAUGUUUAUUUUUUUUUCCAUUCUCUCUUGUGUUUUUUUAUUGCAAGCAAAAUAAAUGAAGAUAUUACUACCAAAGCAUUUGUAAUUGCAAUUAUUUUCCGGGAGAAAUUGAGCAUUAUUAGACAGAUUUGCAGGGGUGCCAAUACUUUUGGCCAGCACUGUAUUUCCAAAUCAAGUGACUAUUUCUGCAGAGCUGUCAAUGCAUCAGUGGAGAUUUCAAAAUUAUGAAUUAAUUUGGAAAGAUGUUUUGAAUUACAUUUUUUGGUAAUUGCUAACAACAGGUUAACUUGCCGGUGACACUUUCAUACAGUACGUUUUGUGCAUCCUUUCUGUUCAAAUGUUUUUUAAUGUUUACAAAAUUGAUGGAUGACUGACAUUUUUGUUAGUGUUGCACCGAUAUCAAUAUUAAUAUGAGUAUCGGUACUGAAGGAAUUCGGCCCCCCCGCCAAGCCGCCGGAACAGCGACAGCCGAAGCAGAUGGCGUUCCGCCGGCGCAU